UAUAUACAUGAGUUUCUGGCUCAUUGCUACUUCGUUAACAUCGUCGCUGCCCAAAGAGAAAUUCUCUGGCAGCUGCCCUGCUCCUCCUCCACAACCACCACCACAAGUUCCUUGCUUCUCCACUUUACAUGGCUGCAUGCGGUUUUGGGGCUUCAGGCCUCAAGAUAAAGAACUUGGAUUUCGGUUCUCCCAGGCCCAAGUCGAGAACUCUGCAGCCUUUGCAUAGUUUAAGGACUCAGAAAUUCGUUCCCUUUGAUGGUUUCGUGUUGUCUUGUGGAUCAAAGAAGCCGAUAUUUGUUUGUCGAAGUUCAGCUUCUGAAGCUGAUUUAACAGCUAAUGCCAAUGUGGAGGAUAAUUCUGAAGAAACUAAGUCGACUGAUGGAACAAGCACACUUGUCCCCAAUGGACUUGAGGUAGAAUCUCUUUUGACAGUGCUAUGCGACACAACAUCAAUUGCCCAAUUUGAACUUAAACUUGGGGGGUUCCGGUUAUAUGUGUCAAGAAACUUGGCUGAGCAAAGUGUACCUCCACAACCUCCAGUUCCUGCUCCUGUUACUAACCAAACAGUUGUUGAGUCACCUAGUUCAAAUGGCUCAGCCUCAUCAUCAUGUUUGGCCCUCUGGAAACCAGAUCCUUAUUCUGUUGGAGUUCAGACGCUGCUUGACAAGGCAGCGGAUGAGGGCUUGGCGAUACUUCAAUCUCCAAGGGUUGGAUAUUUUAGGAGAUCUCGGACUAUUAAAGGGAAGCGUGCUCCUCCAUCUUGCAAAGAGAAAGACAUAGUAAAAGAGGGGCAGGUGCUCUGCUACAUUGAACAGCUAGGAGGCCAGAUCCCCGUUGAGUCUGACGUAUCCGGAGAGGUGGUUAAGAUACUUCGAGAGGAUGGCGAACCUGUUGGGUAUGCCGAUGCUCUUAUUGCAGUCCUGCCAUCCUUUCCUGGAAUAAAGAAGCUUCAGUAGAUCGUCUUUGUAGCUCAUUAGUUCUUCUUUUUGCUGCCAUUGGUUUUUCUUCAGACUUCCCCCCCAACCCCACCCCCUCGCUCUCUCUCUGUGCAUGGUUUAGUUUGAGACGGGGCAUUUUGGAAAAAUACAAGAGCAAGGACGCUAUAGUCUUGAGAUAUCAAAGCGGGAAAUUUAAUAGAAUGAGUUAUAGUUGACAGUAUGAUUAUUAUUCAUAUUUUUACUUUGGUUCUUGAUUUGUAAAUGCAGCUAGCUUUUUCACUGAAGUGAAUUCACAUAAUUGCUUUGUUGCAGUAGUGGAUCUGGGACUGGAACACAUGUUUAUAUUUCAGUUUUGUUUGUCCAGAUGGACAACAUCACCAUUUUUUCACCCAUUCUGUGCAUGUGAAGCACUGUCUUGGUUCUUACACUAGACCAUCUAUAAACGGCGAUGU